CAGGUAUCGAGAUUUGCUAUAACGAUGGGCUCCGUUCAGUACCAAGGCAACAAUUUGGGAUUCUGGGUAGGGAUAAAUCAUGGCGACAUUCACGCCGCCUCAGAGGGUCUUCCUAUCGCAGACGGAGCGACCUAUGAUGCCUACGCGAACGAACAUCUAGGGUGCCUCGACGGAACGAGAACCGAAAUCCUGGACCGAAUCGAGAAGUGGGCAGUGUCGACCCAGGGAGAAUGCAUAUUCUGGCUAAAUGGCGGAGCGGGUACCGGGAAAUCCUGCAUUGCCUUCGAAGCUGCAAAAAGGCUUGACAAGGAAAAACUUCUCGGGGCAAGUUUCUUCUUCAAGCGCGGUGGUGGUGAUAGAGGGCACGCGAAGCGACUAUUUCCCACUAUUGCGCGACAGCUGAAGCGGCACGUCCCUCCGUUGAAACCACUGGUAAUAACAGCAAUUAAAGAGAACCCUGGUAUAGUGGAGAAGUCCCUGAGGGAACAGUGGGACAAACUGAUACUCCAGCCCGUGCUUGCAUUGGGUCUCGAUCGCGCCAGCACCAUGAUUGUCGUGAUCGAUGCAUUGGAUGAGUGUGACUCUGAACCACACAGAGACGACAUCAGAACUAUCCUGCAACUGCUAUCACAGGCGCAGAAGUCGAAUCGCCUGCUGCUACGAUUUCUUCUGACGAGUAGGCCGGAACACACAAUUCGACUGGUGUUCGACAAAAUGUCAGAUGGCCUAGUGAGUCUGGAUCUCAACAAUGAUGUCCGCGAGGAGCAGAUUGACCGUGAUAUUUCCAUUUUCUUGGAGCUAACUUUCACGAGAAUUCGUGAGGACAAUGACUUAGAUCUCUGCUGGCCGGGAGACAAGGCCUUGGAGAGACUUCUUCACCGAACAAAGCCGCUGUUUAUUGCUGCUGUCACUUUGUGUCGGUUCAUAGAGGAGGCAAGAUGGGAGUCUGAGGAACGCCUUGAGGAGGUUCUUGCAGACCAGACUGACUAUGUGUCCAAAAUGGCCGAAGUCUACUUACCAGUUCUCAGGCAGCUCUUUAAAGGGCAGAGCAAGAUAGAGAUCAAAAAGCUUGUCCAAGAGUUCAGGGAAAUUGUUGGAACUAUUGUGUCACUCGUGGAGCCACUCUCACCUAGUGCACUCGCUGAAAUCUUAGGUCACAAAGUCGCCAAGAUUCGGACGAGACUGAGUGGACUCUAUUCAGUCCUCGAUGUUCCCACCGACCACGCACAACCAGUGAGACCCUUACACAUUUCGUUUCGCGAUUACCUUUUAGAUGAGGAGACUAGAGAGACAGCAAGCAGUGAGCGGUUUUGGAUAGACGAAAAGCAAACUAACCAAUGUCUCUCACUUCAAUGCCUGCGUAUUAUGAAUGCUGCGCUUCGGCAGAAUAUGUAUGACUUGCCAGGCGACAGCAUAUAUCGACGGGAACUUGAUAUCACUAUUAUUCAAAACCAUUUACCUCCGGAGCUAAACUACGCAUGUCGCUAUUGGAUACAUCACUUAGCACGAAGCCAAAAUCCCAAUGAUUUACUGGAGAAUACUUUCGCAUUUCUGCAAGUGCAUUUUCUUCAUUGGUUAGAGACAUUGGGUGUCCAAGGUCUUAUAUAUGAGGUCGUGGGAAUGCUUGAUUCAUUACAGUCCCUUUAUAAGAACGAACAAAGCAAGGCAGUCCAAGAAUUUCUCGGCGAUGCGCGGCGCUUUGUUCUACGAAACAUACAACUACUCGAUCUUACACCCUUGCAGAUUUACUCUUCGGGCCUUAUCUUCACUCCAGAAAAUUCAGUUAUUCGAACAGAAUUUUCCAAGAAUAUCCCCAGUUGGUUGGUCGUGAAGCCAGAAGUUGAUAAAUACUGGAGCUCUAGAAUACAAAUGAUUGAGGUAGCGGAACCGAGCUUCAUUAGUUCAGUCGCAUUUUCACCCCAAGCUAGGGUACUGGCAUCCGGAUAUGCGUGUGGGAAAAUCGAUUUCUGGGACCUCUCAAAUGGCCAAUAUCAGUACGCUAUCCAAACACCCUCUUCAUCAUCCGUCCUUAUCGUUUUUUCGCCUGACGGUGGAAAAUUGGCGUCUGGUUCCAUGUCUGGUGAAAUCGAACUUUGGGACUUCAAAACCGAGAGUUAUGUGGUAUUCGCGGACCAUUUAAAUUUGAUAUGCAGCAUUUCAUUCUCCUCUGAUGGCUUACUUCUUGCAUCGGCCUCCAUAGAUGGAGAUACUCGGCCUCGAAUGCACCGUGUCGGUCACUUGACGCGGGUUACGUCUCUUACAUACUCUCCCGAGAGGAACUUGUUGGCAUCCAGCUCAGAUGACAAUACCAUCAAGCUCUGGAAUGGCAAGACAGGAGGUCACUAUCGGGAUGUAGGAGCUCACCCAGCAGAAGUCCACAAGCUAGCCUUUUCGCCGUGUGGUCAUCGACUGGCAUCUGCAUCUCAAGAUGGAAGUGUUAAGCUCUGGGAUUUACGAACAAAUCAACUGAGUCUUACAUGGAGGCAUGAGUCCAAUGCGCCGGGGGAUCUGACCAUAUUGGAGGACUUGACAUUCUCGCCAGACAGGAGACUCCUAGCCUCGAGCUUCUCUGAUGGCUCGCUUAUCAUUUGGGACCUCGCGACUUACCAGCCUAAACAUUACAGCCGGCUUGGGUCCGGCUCAGGAAACCCUAUCACCUUCUCACCCGACGGACAGCUAGUCCUGGCCGACUCACCGAGCUCACUUCGAUUCUGGGAUCCCUACACGGGCCACUGGAGUGACGCCAUCCAGCGCUUUCCAGAACAUCUCAGCUCCAUUUCCUUCUCUCCCGAUGGCCGCAAGAUGGCACUCGACUUUCACCCCGCUUUCAUCGAAAUCUGUGAUGCUGAUGAAGCGCAAUCAACCAGGAGACUUUUCCGCCAUGAAUAUGCGAUCUGGGCUGACAAAGACAAUUUGAUUUCCAUCUAUGAAGAGCAAUGGGUCUGUGUCAACGGAAUAAAAAUCCUAUGGCUGCCCGCCAAAUAUCGUCCUUCCUGCAUUGCAUGGAAAGCAGGCAUUUUGGCCCUUGGUCUCUACUCAGGAAAGAUAGUCUUCAUGUCGUUGCCCGUAUAG